AUGGCCGCGGAAUUGUCCUCGGAGGAAGAUUCUCCUCUAGAUGCAUUGGACGACAUAUCCACAAUGGGAGGCCUGCACCACUCAUCAUCAGAUGAGGAGGCCAAUACUCGAGCUACAAAGAGGGAUAUCAAGUCCCUACUGAAGAUUAUAUGCAACCUGCUCCACGCUGACCUGUCGAUAAUACGGGAGGACAUCUACUCCCUUACAGAUAGAGUCAGGGUGACUGAGGAAGAGACUAUCGAGAUCAAGACCAAACAGGUCACACUGCAGGAGUCCCACGCCAAGAUGGUGCAGAUCCAAGAGGGAAUAGAAGCAAUAUUGGCAGAGCAGGAUGACAAGAGUUACUGCAAAAACAAGUUUUGA